UUUCUGAUACGUCGAACGAGGAGCAAAAAAACUAUUGAGGAGAAGGAUCGCCGUUUUAGCGAUUUUUUUUUUCCUGUUUUAUUAUACCAACCAGCAGCUAGCGCCAGCAAAAAAGAUUGUGCCAAUUUCCAAACGUGAAACAACACCCCCUUGGAGAGGAAGUGUUGGUGCGAAAGACGUAUGAAUCAGCGAGUAAAACGUGACCAAAGAGAAAAGUGGAGAAACCAUAAUUGAAAGUGAAGUGGAACAGUAACAGCAACAGCAGUAUAUAAACAGCUAGGGUGUGUGUUACCAUUAUUCGCCCAAGAGAAGGCCACAACAACCGAAGAUGCCUCUAUUCGGCAAGUCGCAGAAGAGUCCGCAGGAGUUGGUGAAGGCGCUGAAAGAGGCGGUCAGUUCGCUCGAACGUGGCGAUAAGAAAGCGGAAAAGGCCCAGGAAGAUGUCAGCAAAAAUCUGGUCCUCAUCAAAAAUAUGCUGUACGGAACCUCAGAUGCGGAACCACAGACAGAAAUUGUCGUGUCCCAACUAGCACAAGAACUGUAUAACAGUAAUCUACUCUUACUUCUGAUACAGAACUUAAGCCGUAUCGAUUUUGAGGGCAAGAAAGACGUAGCACAGGUGUUCAACAAUGUCCUAAGGCGACAGAUAGGGACCCGAUCACCAACCGUGGAGUAUAUCUGCACGAAACCCGAGAUCCUGUUCACAUUGAUGGCCGGCUACGAGCACCAAGAAAUCGCACUGAACUGCGGCACGAUGCUGCGAGAGUGUGCUCGCUACGAAGCGCUGGCGAAAAUAAUGCUCCACUCGGACGAGUUCUUCAAUUUCUUCCGAUACGUCGAAGUGUCCACCUUCGAUAUCGCCUCGGAUGCCUUCUCCACAUUCAAAGAGUUGCUAACCCGUCACAAAAUCCUGUGCGCCGAAUUCCUCGAACAGAACUACGAUAAAGUGUUUAACCACUAUCAGCACCUUCUGAACUCGGAGAACUACGUAACACGGAGGCAGAGCUUGAAGCUGCUUGGAGAGCUGCUGCUGGAUCGACACAACUUCACGGUGAUGACGAAAUAUAUCUCCAACCCAGACAAUUUGAAGCUUAUGAUGAAUAUGCUAAAAGAGAAAUCACGAAAUAUACAGUUCGAAGCGUUUCAUGUGUUUAAGGUAUUUGUAGCAAAUCCGAACAAACCGAAGCCCAUCCUGGACAUUCUGCUCCGCAACCAGGAGAAGUUGGUAGACUUCCUAACGAAAUUCCACACGGAUCGAUCCGAAGACGAACAGUUCAACGACGAAAAGGCGUACCUAAUCAAGCAGAUAAAGGAGCUGAAACCGGCUCCCGAUCAAUAGUAAUACGGGAUACAUGAUCUAAAUAUCCACAGAUCCCACGCGUAAAACACUCAUUCAAUCUUAUCCCAACCUCCCAUCCCGUCCUCUCGUAUCCCCUGUUUAUUCCCCGCACUAGUAUUUUGUAACAAAGGCAAGGAGAAACACAUUGAUAUAAAGAAAAUAAUUUAAUUUAGAAUAACUAUUAUAAAUUUAACUACCAAUAAAAGUUAUAAAUAAAAUUUCGAGAAAGAAACAUUCAAACACACACACAUGCUGAUUAUAAAGCAGAAAAAAAACAAGUCGAAAGAAGUUAAAAUAUAGUCGAUAGGAAAAACAAAAUGAACCUUAUAAAAUCUUAAUCCAAAAAUACAAAAAUACGGUUUUCCUUUUCUCAAAAGUUUAACUAGAAAGCAAACCAGUUAUUGUAACUGUAUGGAUUCUUAUAGAAUGGAAAAACAAUGUUAAAAUUCAAUAUGCCCACUCUAAAUUUUGUUCAUUUCAGUAAGGAUCUUUUUUAUUAUUGUGUAAAAAAGAAUCACCCUCUCUUUCGAGAGCCUCUAGAAGAUUGAAACCAUUACUCGGUUUGUGUUAGUGCAUAUAAUUCACGUUUGGUUCUAUAUUGUGUCCAUUGUUCUGAAGCAAAAAAAAAACAAAAAUAUGCUCACGUUUUUUUUAAUAUAAAUAGCAUAUGAUUUCUAAUGCAUGCAAAUAGAAUGUUCGUGUUUGCGAAGAACAUGCGAAAUAGGUUAAAUUUUUCGUUAUUCUUGUCACAAACACACACGUAGCAAUUCGUUGGAAUACCUUCAUACCUCAUUAGUCUCCAAAAUAAAGGAAAUAAUAAUGAAGAAACAAAACAUUCUCUCCCAUCUAGUGAAAAAAAACAACAAUUGAAAACCAUCACAGGCUCUAAGCAAUCAGGUUUUAGAAAUAAAACGAGUGUCUCGCGGAGGCAAGCUUCUCAAGACAGAACAAAACCCAUUGAUCGUAUAUCUUCGAUACUCAAAGCUAGCACACAGGUUCGACAUUUUGAUCUUUGUUGAUAGGUUGUUUUGCACAAGAGCGAAUCAAUGUUUCGGAUGUUCCCCCCCAAUACAUACGUACAUCAUCUAGAAAUUUGUGAAUAAAGGUCAAAAUGUUUACUUCAUGUUUCAUUGCUAUAUAUAUCACGACAGCCGUUCAAGUAUCAUAAGUUAUUGACUUAGAGAAAAAAAAACAAAACAAAACUGUUCCUAUAUAUCAAAUGAAGUAGCUUCUACUCAUCAUUGUACUUGUGUAGUAGGGUCAAGAAAAACCAUUUUGAAGUGAGAAGAGAACUGGCGCAGAUUUUGCCGUCUAUAUGCAAUAUAUUGAUUCGUUAGCAAAGAAGGAUAAUUUUUAUAUGUAUUUAGUGGUUAUGAUUAUGGAAUAAACACAUUUUCCUCCAAA